AUGCGUCGGACUUUUCUUCUUCUCUUAGGUGCCUUUCCAACAGCUUUUAACAAGGCGCUUUCCAGCUCCGACGCUCCACCUUUACCAACUGAAAUCAGAAGCACUCAGCAUAAAAAUAUUCUCCGAGACAGUCCUAUAGAUGAAACAUCCGGCAAACCCAGCUCUAUCACGCGAAGAGGCCAACAUUUCUGCAAGGGAAAUUUCAUGAAUGUCGACGACGACAAAGAGGCAAACUGCGAACGUGUCCGAACAACCGAAAUCCAAGUCUGCGAAGCCUCCCCUACUACUGAUCCUGACUCCUGUGCAAUUGAGGUUGUCCCCACUUGGAUCAGAAGGGUUGACAAACAGGAGGACCGGAGACCAAUUGAGGUUUUAAUAGAGCGAGGAAAAAAGGGUCUUGCACUUGUCGCUACCCCGCAGCAAAGCCAAGAUUUCCUCCCUCAGUUACAGGAUAACUACGUUAUUACGAACCUGAAUGACAUAGAAUGGAGGAGAAAUGGUGUAGGAGAGGAUGUUCCAUGGCUCUCUUUUUUCAAAAAAUAUGGAUUCGAGGAAGAUAAUGGCUGGAAGGGCGUAUGGGUCCACUCCAAGGGCUACAUGAUUGCUUGGAUCGUGAACCUAAGCAUUGCAAGAUCAACAAAACAUGGCAAAGAUGCUGUGGCUAUUAUUGCUCACUAUCGUUUCGCAUCCAACGAUGCCAAUCGCUAUACAAUUAAGAACAAUGCUCCCGUAGUGGAUAUCCAGACCUCCAAAUACGUUCCUCUUCCAGCACAAGAAGUCGCCGCCAAAGCUGUCCCAGUCGCUCAGCUCGUCUAUUUUGCUGCGAAGCAAACGAAACUGCUCGAUAGCGCGCCGGAAAAGUACUUUUUGGUUUGUGACAAUAUCGCAAAUGAAGAGGCGCAAGCAGCGUUGGAUACGGCGUGCUAUAAAAUGGGACAGGACCGUAAUGAUAAAUUCACUUUACGUGCGGACGCCCCGGGCGUUGAGGGAGAAAUGUUCAAUCUUGUGGUUGGUACGGACCCUACUUAUUCGUGGCUCCAUACUAUCGGUCGUAAUCCGGAUACCUUUGGGGAUUAUAGGAUUAAUAGUAUCGAGGUAAGGACCUAUGUUUAUAUGGUUGCUAUUGAACUGGUUAAGAAGUAA